CAUAGAUCCAAAAAAAACAAAGCAAAAAGAAGUUGUGAUAUUUCCCUCCACCUAAAACCCUUCCUUGGUUUGGUUUCUGCCAUGGUCGUCUCUUUUUCAUUCUUGAGCUUUGAAUUGAACUCUCUCAGAAAAUGGGUAUGAAGUUAAGAAAUCGAUGAGUAAGACUAGAGCACAAGGUUUGGCGUCUCUUUCCCUUUUCCUAAAAUGCAAUUUUCGACUCGUCUCCAUCUCCUUGCAAGGCCUCUACUCUCUUCCUCUUUCCUCUAUCCUUCGCGCAAGAAUGGAUUUAGAGAAAUAAUGACCAGGAUUGGCGUAAACACCUGCUCGCUUUCUACUACAGUUUCAGCUGAAGCUUCAGAUUUAGAAUGUGAUGAGAUCCAUGAUGAUGUCAAAGCAGCAGAGAAAAAUAAUGCACUUUGUUUGGCUGUCUCACAGCUUGCUAGCGAGUUUAGCAAGGAGUCAAUGUUAUCUUUGCAGAAGUUUUUUCGUGUACGCUAUGCCAAUGUGGUAUCUACGGGCUCCCUAAAGCUUGAUAUAGCUCUUGGAAUUGGAGGAUUACCAAAGGGUAGGAUUGUUGAAAUUUAUGGGCGAGAAGCAGCUGGUAAGACAACACUUGCCCUUCAAAUUAUUAAAGAAGCUCAAAAGCUUGGAGGAUAUUGUGCAUAUCUUGAUGUAGAAAGUGCAUUAGACCUUUCACUUGUGGAGUCAAUGGGUGUAAAUACCAAAAACCUUCUCAUCUCAAAUCCUGAUUGUGCUGAAAAUUUGUUGAGCAUGGUUGAUACACUAACAAAAAGUGGAGCUGUAGACGUGAUUGUGGUUGAUAGUGUUGCUGCUCUUGUCCCGAAAUGCGAACUUGAUCAAUUAGGAGUUGCUACAAGUCAAGAUUUACAUUCGCGAAUAAUGACUCAAGCACUACGGAAAAUUCAUUAUUCAUUAUCUCGCUCCCAAACUCUCUUAAUUUUUGUCAAUCAGGUUAGAUUUAGUCCAAAAGCAUUUGGGGGACGCGGACCUAUGGAAGAAGUCACUUGUGGUGGAAACGCUUUGAGAUUCUAUGCAGCUGUUCGUUUGCGACUUUCAAGAAUGGGAUUGAUAAAAACUGAAGAUAAGGUUGAGGGUAUCACUGUCUGUGCGCAAGUGGUAAAAAAUAAACUAGCACCGGCAGCAAUGAAAAAGGCUGAACUGGGUAUCAAGUUUGGAAGAGGCUUUUGCCAAGAAUCAGAGGUCUUUGCUUUGGCUUGUGAACAUGGACUCAUUAUGAAAGAUGAGGGAAACUACUUCAUAGAAGGGGAGCCUUUUACUAGUAGAGAAGCUGCUGAACAAUUUUUGGCUAAAAAUAAAAGGAUUUGUGACAAGUUAGUUAUGGACAUGAAAAGACUUUAUCUUUAAAAAAUUGGUUAAACCUCCAAAUUUUCCAUGGAUGGUCUUAGCCAAACAGAACUGCAGACAUUAGGUGAUUAAAAAACUUUGCAAUCAUAUUAAGGCAUAAGUAUUGCUUUCAAUUGGCAUCAACCACUUUGUAGACGAGCAAACUGCAUUUUAAGUUACUGGAAUUCUCGGGUGCUAUGACGUGACCAUGUGAAAAACACUUUGGAGCUAGGUGUUGAGUACUGCAAAAUCACAGUAGAAAAAGUGAAAUUUGAUUGCUCUUUGUAAACCAUUUGAAACCUGCUUAUGUAUUAGGAAAUAUUUAUUGUAUUCAUUAGUCAAACCAUUUGAAACCUGCGAUGUAAAUGAUGAGUUGCCUUGUUUUCUGUUACCCCCUCCCUAAUUCCAAGUUAGAUUCUUAGAUUUUAUGUAUUCAUUGGAUGAAUCUGUGUAUGUGUAUCCCUUUUCCUGGUUCCUA